AUGGUGCCCACGUCGGACAUUGACCUCGUCUGGCACGCACACCAGACCACCGGCCGGCCGUACCGCGACUACUCGCGCAGCGUCAGCAAGGCCAAGUGUGUGAUUGACCACGACGACACGAUUCCCGGCGGCGACCUCGCGAAAGGCUAUGCAGACACCUUUGUGCUCUGGUCGCAGACCUUUGGCGAGGCCUACUCGAGCUUCCCGCCGAGCUACGAAGCCUGGGUCGCUGGCAAAGGCGCGUUCUCGCGCAAGACGUGGGCCAAGCACGGCAACGUGCCGGCCAAAGACUCUCGCUUCUUCGGCGUCAACGAAAC